AGACGUCACAUUGGGAGGCCGGGGGCGCGUCCCUUUCUGUUUAAAAUCGCAGCUAAACUGGCCCCUGCCCCCGGCGUUUCCGCGUUCGGGCCACGCAGACACCGGCUCUCCGGUCCGUGUCCUGCUGGAAUUCUCUUCGGAGCCCGCCGCCCGCCUCACGUCGUGAAAAGCCCCCUUCCACCAGGUGGAUUCGCGCCCCGGCCCAGCCUCGCACUGUCGACCCUGCCUGGCAGUCCCUGCAGCCUCUCGGGAGAGGCCGCAUCCUCCUCCGGGCCACGAUUCUGGAGAGCCCACCCUUCUGGGGCACUCUCCCCGCCCCCUCUCCUCGCGUCGGCUUCUGUUCCCCAGAACCCCCUCUCCCUGGUCACCUCUUCCCCUGACUCCGCGCUGGGGUGGACUUCUAAGAAAGAACCACAUUUCCUGAGGAAAAGGCCCAGAAGAGGAGGAAGAAAAAUGAGAGGAGACAGGAAUGGCGUUUUCUCAGAUGUUUCUCCUACACACGUGAUCAAGAAAUUACAACCAAAGGAGUAUAGUAAUACAGGAGAAGUAUUCCAGGCAACGAUGUUGGAAAGACACAAAGGCCACGAAAUCAAAGAUUUUUGCUUCAGGGAAAUCCAGAAAAAUGUGCAUGACUUUGAGUGGCCAUGGAGAGACGAUGAAAUAAAUUACAGAGACAUGCCUGUAACCCGUAAAUAUAGUCUCACUGAUAGAAGAGAUCAAUCUGGUACGAGGGAUGCAGGAAACAAGCCUGUUGUAAAUAGGCCUGGAUUAAGCUUUCAGGAUGAAUGGCAUGUGUUUCAUACUGAAGGGAAAAUGUAUGAAUAUAAUCAAGUUGAUAAGUGUGUCAACACUGGUUCCUCAGUUUCACCACUUCAAGAAAUUUCUCCUAGUGUGCAAACCAACAUUUCUAAUAAACAUGGGAGUGAUUUUAUUCACCCUUCGACACUAACACAUGAUGAGAAAUCACAUGGGGAAAAACCUUACAAAUGUCAUGACUGUGGCAAAACCUUUAAUCAGGGUUCACACCUCACCAUACAUCAGAUAAUUCAUACAGGAAAGAAACCAUAUAAAUGUCAUGUAUGUGAAAAGCUCUUCAGUCAAAAUUCACACCUUGAAAAUCACCAGAGAAGACAACUGGACAGAAACCUUGCAAAUGUAACGGGUGUGGCAAAGCCUUUAGUGUACGUUCAAGCCUAACAAACCAUCAGCUAAUCCAUACUGGAGAGAAACCUUACCAAAGUAGUGAAUGUGGCAAGGCUUUUUGCCAGAGUUCAAAACUGGUAAAACAUCACAGAAUUUAUAGCGGAGAGAAACCACACAAAUGUAAUGAGUGUGGUAAAGCUUUUAUCCAAAGUUCAAACCUGGUUGACCAUCAGAAAAGUCAUACUGGAGAGAAAUCAUAUAAAUGUAUUGAAUGUGGUAAGGCCUUCAGGAUUCACCAGAGAAUUCAUGCUGGAAAGAAACCUUUCAAAUGCCAUAUGUGGCAAAGCCUUUACUCAGGGCUCACACCUCACUAAACAUCAGAUAAUCCAUACUGGAGAGAAACCUUACCGAUGUAACGAAUGUGGCAAAGCCUUUACCAAGCGUUCACACCCUAGGCAUCAUGGGAGAAAUUAUACUGGAGAGAAGUCAUAUCCAUGUGUUGAAUGUGUCAAGACCUUUCGGUAAUGGUCUGACAUCAGGAUUCACCAAAGAAUUCAUGCUGGACAGAAACCUUUCAAAUGUAAUGAGUAUGGAAAAGCCUUUACUCAAGGCUCACACCUCAGUACACAUCAAAUAAUCCAUACCAGAGAGAAACUUUACAAGUGUAAUGAGUGUGGCAAGGUCUUCAGUCAAAAUUCACACCUUAUAAAUGCCCAGAGAAUCCAUACAGGUGAGAGACCUUUCAAAUGUAAGGAGUGUGGCAAAUCCUUCAGCAUUCAUGCAAGCUUAAAUAAACAUCAGGUAAUCCAUACGGGCGAGAGACCUUACAAAUGUAAUGUGUGUGGCAAAGCUUUUAUCAGGGGUUCACACCUUAGACUUUAUGAGAAAAUUCAUUCUGGAGAAAAAACAUACAAAUGUAUUGAAUGUGGCAAGGCUUUUAGACAACGGUCUGACCUCAGGAUUCACCAAAGAAUUCAUCCUGGAGAGAAACCUUACAAAUGCCACGAGCGUGGCAAAGCCUUUACUCGAGGCUCACCCCUCACCAGUCAUCAGAUAAUCCAUACUGGAGAGAGCCUUAUAAAUGUACUGAAUGUGGCAAGGCUUUUAGGUAUUGCCUUAAACUCAGCGUUCACCAAAUCGUUCAUAUUUACAAAUCCAACAAAUGUAGCAAAGUUUUAAAUUAGUACUCUUCACUAGAUAUGAGUAAAUCUCCUGGAGAGAAACCAUACACGUGUAAUGUGUGUGGCAAGGAUUUUACCCAAAGAUCAAAAUUGCAGGAACAUACUAGAGCAUUUUCCUUAUAAAUGCAAUGAGUGUGGCAAAGCUCUUAGCUUGAGUUCCAAGUAUUUUGCAACAAGAGUCUAUGUUGAAAGGAAACCAUGUAAGUGUUUGUGGCAGAGCCAUUAUCCAGUCCUUGGAGAGAAAUCACAGAAAACUAAUGUGUGUGCUAAGGCUUUUGCCCCAAGGCCAAAACAUCAGAGGAUUUAUAUUGAAGAGCCACCUUACAAAUGGAAAUAAUGUCAUACGGCUUUCAUUAAAUGGUCACACCUUUGGAGUAAUGAGAGAAUUUAUGCAGGGAAACUAUACCAAAUAUGCUGAAUGUGGAAAUACCUUUAAGAAACUGUGCAUCCUUAGGGUUCACCAACAAAUUGGUACUGGGGAGAUUCCUUGCAAAUCCUUACAAAUAUGAUAAGUAUUUUGACCAGUUCACAGAACAGACCACACAUUAGAGAAUCCAGGAAUAAUUGGAUCCGACUGGAAUAACUAGGACUUUAGAUCUCGGAGAUUAACCUGAAAUGUUCCACACUGCAUGAUAAUUAUGUCAAAAAUUGUUAAAACUCAUGGGAACAAGGACAUGUGUGGAAGUAGCUUAUGAUUUUCUGUGUAUAAGAUACCUGAGUUUUCUUGAAAAGGCUAUAUUUUAUGAGUUUGAGUUACAUUUUAUUUAUGAGUUUCACCCUCAAGUUUGAAAUCUGUUGAUCUUAAGCCUUUCCUGAUGGUCUCUGAGGAGCAGUCAUAAGAUGAAGGGGCCUACUUCAUUGUGUGUGACCCAUCCAUAUCCGUGUUCCCUGGAACAGCAAGGACACGGAGUUGUCAGAUUCAAUUUUGUGUGAAUUUGCAUGGGGUAGGGGCAGAGAAUAAUGCAAAAUCACCCUUGAAGUUGUCAUGCAUGUUAUGAUCAGGGCACUGUUCUCUAGAUGAGUUACAGGGACUGACCUUUUCAUGGAAUGAUGGUGAUUGUUUGCUAGGGACGGAUUAUGUGGUAGAAACAAUGCAGGGGAAGAUAGUAAUAGCUGUGCGAUACUAUCAAUGACAAACUGAUGGAUCAUUAAUGCCAUUCCUUUUUUUUUGGAAAAUGAAGGGAGCAGUUAUCUGAGAGGGCAGUUGAAUCCAGAGAACCAGAACAGUAUGUUCAUGAUUUAUAGUUAACUCCUGCCAUUACAUUUUGCUACUAUUUUCUGCAGGAUGUAUCACAAGUCUCACGUUUUCAUUAAUAAAGCUUAAAUAAUUUUUCCCCAUAACCCUGAAGGAGUCAUGUUCUUUUUCUAACACAGUUUUAUCCCACCUCUAUAGAGUACUUUGUAACACAUACUAACAACCUUUAGGCUCUCAAGGUUGAAGAAACCUAUAAUAAUUUCCUUCCAGGAUGGAAUUAAAGAACAGACAGUUUGAGGAUUAUAUACUUAAACUUUGCACUUGAGUUCUUCUCUCCAUACUUUGCCGCAGGAUAUUUAUGUAGUUACAAUGAAAUGCCACAGCAGUACAAGUUCAAUAUUCUGAUCCCCUAAAACCUGCCCCCCAUUCAUGAAUAUGCACCAUAUGAUUCUAUUUCAUGUGUUUUGUGCCCAAAUAAAACCCAUGGUUUCCACCAUGAUGUAAAUAAAAUGAAAAUAGGAACAUAGUACACAUGAAAAAUUUGGAAAUAAAAUAAUUUCAGAAAUUAGGCCAAAAAUAAUUGUUUUGAGCUUGGACCACUAAAGAAAUAAUUUAGAAUGAACAAUAUACAAUGGGAACAUUUGUUUCAUAGUUAAACUAGAAAUUUCACAUAUUCAUUGCCUAACACAUUUUUGGUUAACUUCCACUUGUGGCCAUCCACUGGAACAGAUGGAACCCUAACCAAAGUUGGGUUUGGAUAUCGAGACUGGUGGUGCCAUGCCCUAAAAGUGUGAUGAGAACACAUGUAAUUAAGAUUUCUAGGGAGAGCACAGACUUCCAAGCUGGUCAAAAAAAAAAAAAAAAUGGCUUGAGGGAAUGAAAUGGUGAGUGGUUUGGUGUGUUUUGGGUGGUGACUGGGUGGAGCUGGGGGGAGGAUGCCUUCUGUGGUUUGAAGUUCCGGCUGAUACCAAAGGAAGCACCAGGCUUUUCUCUCAGCUUGGGCAGGUGGGCAGAACAGAUGUGGUGGUGAGGCUUAAAAGGUGUCAGUCAUCAGCCACCAAAAAAUGGAUACUCUUUAGUAAUACACUGAAUAUGUAGUCUUGAAACUCCUGAUUUCUUGGUUGGGAAAGACAAACUUUUCUUCAUGCUAAUUUAUUACAUCCCUUUUCCUUCUGUACGCCUAGAUUCCAUUGUAUGAUGUGCUUGUUGAAAUGCUUAUAGAAUACUAUUGAGAUAAAUUGCCUUAAGAUAUUUUUAUAAUAACUUAAUGAAGAUGUUUGGAAAUGUUUAUUAGAUCAUAAAUGUUACUAAACAAUUUUAUUAGAACAA